AUGCGGCUGUUCACGGUCACAUUGCUCCUCUUCUUCUUCUUCAAGUCAGGAGUGUGUCUGCAGAUUCAGUGCUAUCAGUGUGAGGAGAUGACACAUGACUGCUCCACGCCGGAGUUCAUUGUUAACUGCACGGUGAACGUGCAGGACAUGUGCCAGAAGGAGGUUCUGGUGAAGGAGGACGGCGUGCACUACCGUAAGUCCUGCGCCUCGUCUGGAGCGUGUCUCAUCGCCUCUUCUGGCUACCAGCAGUUUUGCACCGGCAAGCUGAACUCGGUGUGUAUCACCUGCUGUAACACGCCGCUCUGUAACGGACCACGCCAAAAGAAGAGGCCUGCACUGUCCACCGCUAGCACCCUGACCACACCACAGCUCCACCUCUUUCCUCUGUCCACCGUCCUGCUGAUGUGGUCGACCCUGUGCUGACAGACCGCCACACCCUCAGUCAAAUUGUCAAAAAUGUCAAAAGCAUAGAGUAGAACUGUCUUUGUAGAGACAGUGAAGGACUCAUCUUUUCAAACUCAUAUUCUUUAAGGCACGACAAACGUUUGGACAUUUAUCUUCAUGAUGUUUUGCAGUAGGUUGCCUGUGAAGGUCAGAAGGUCAGAGAAGGAAUUUGAACUUUGCGUCGUAUCACAAACUGGAAGAUGAAACGUCCUCAAGCUGCUGAGCUGGACACCAGAAGAAAAAACAAAGAUUUGAUAUUUCCACGUCAGAUUGCUGCAUGUUUGAAAUCUGUAUUCUGUGAAAUGGUGAGAGAUGGUGAAUGAGAACUCUUCAGGAACCAGAACCCACUCGGGCUGUGGUGCAGCUUUUUAAAUGUUUAAGCUGCAGAAGAAGACAUCCAUCCAUGACGGCAGGUCAGGAGCGAGGACAAACACAGCGUCUCUGCAGAUGUGGUGUC